AUGGACACGGACACCGACGAUGAUAAUCCCCCCGUUCAUCUUUCCGCCAACUCUAUAUACAUAUCCUUACAGCUCAUGCUGUCUCCUGGCUCUCAUUGGGCAUUGCUCAUCGUGGAUGCUCAUGGAUCCACAACCCGUCACCACUGGGCUGCAACGAUUGGUGCAGAUAGGGCGGUAGCGGAGCGAUAUAGUCACCAAUGCAUCGACCCGGUAUCUACGUACACACGAGGACACAACUUGAAUCUUUCUUUCUGCAAGAUCGUGGGAUACAGCGCCCCCGCUCCCGGUUUUGACUUCGUCGGGCUCUUUCAAACAAUUUUCCCGGAGAGUUCAUCGAGCAUUAGAGCUAACAGGAACGACGGCAGCAAUUGCCGUAUCUGGAUCAUCGAGGCAUUGAUGCUCCUGCAGCAGAAUGGCCUUAUCACUCGUGCAGAUACUAUGGAGGAUGUUCGACGGGCUAUCGCUACUUUGGAAGCGAAGGCAGAGAAUGCGCUUGCCGAGCUUGGGGGCGACUUUGCGCCUAUUAUGUCCGAAAUCUAG